AUGCAUCGCCUCCCCCCUUCGCCCAUCACACCCGACCCUUCUGCUGAAAUCUGCGAGCGCGUCUUCUCCCCACAGCAUCUCGUCUGCGCCCUCUUGGAACCAGCCGAAGUUUGCGCGCGCGCAGGCUUUUCCCGCCGCCCGGCGCGCCAAGACCUCCAGCAGCACCUCCGACAGCGUCCAGCUUCUCUUCCUGCUUCGACGCCGCCCAUUCUUCACCCACAUCUCUUCCAGCACGCACGCGCAGCGCGCAGUAUUCGACGCCUCGACCGGCCACAGCAAGCACGCGACAUAGCUACCACUGGCUGUCUAAUCAUCUCACCUAAAAAGACGCGGUCCCCCGUGCCCGUAGUGGCCACCGCGGCUACCUACAGCGCCCCCGCCUUCACCACGACCGUAAUCUCCCAAACCGCCACCAUGCCGCCCGGUGCGCCAGCAGUGUCGAAAUGCAGCCUCCGGACCAUCAAGGAGAUUCAGUUUGGCCUGCUCUCGCCCGAGGAGAUCAAGGCCAUGAGCGUCGUCCACAUCAUCUACCCAGAGACCAUGGACGAGCAGAAGCAGAAGCCGCGCGAUCAGGGCCUCAACGACCCCAGGCUCGGCACCAUCGACCGCAUGUACUCGUGCGCGACCUGCAAGGAAGACAUCCAAGUCUGUCCCGGUCACUUUGGUCACAUUGAGCUGGCCACGCCCGUCUUCCAUGUUGGAUUCGUCAUCAAGAUCAAGAAGAUCCUUGAGACCGUCUGCCACAACUGUGGGCUAAUCCUGGCUGACUUCAACCGCCCAGAAUGGCAAGCGGCUAUCAAGACCAAGGACGCAAAGAAGCGUUUCGAGAAGAUCUGGCGCCUGUCCAAGAUUCGAACAAGAUGCGAGCAGACUGCAGAAGAUGAUGAUCCUAAGAAGGCACCCAAGAUUCCUCACGGCGGUUGUGGUAGUGACGCACCCGAUGCCAUUCGCAAGGAGGGCCUAAAGCUCACAGCUACCUACAAGAGCAAGAAGAAGGACGAAGACGAUGGCACCGGUGACCGCAAGGAGCCGAUUACUCCGCAGCUUGCCCUCAACAUCUUCAAGCUCCUAUCCGACAACACUCUUCAGCUGUUAGGACUCAACGCUGACUACGCCCGUCCGGAAUGGAUGAUUCUUACCGUUUUGCCAGUUCCACCACCCCCGGUCCGUCCUAGUAUCUCGGUCGAUGGCACUGGUCAGGGCAUGCGCGGAGAGGACGAUUUGACUUACAAGCUCGGCGAUAUCAUCCGUGCCAAUGGGCGUGUACAGGAGUGUAUACAAGAGGGAUCGCCACAGCACGUCCUGAACGAGUUUGAAGCUCUCGUCCAAUACCACGUCGCUACUUACAUGGACAACGACGCCAAUGGUGUUCCACAGGCCAUGCAAAAGUCCGGUCGACCUUUGAAGACAAUCCGAGGCCGCUUGAAGGGCAAGGAGGGCCGUCUACGUGGUAACUUGAUGGGCAAGCGUGUCGACUUUUCUGCACGUACCGUCAUUACUGGUGAUCCAAAUUUAUCGCUUGACCAAGUGGGUGUACCGCGCUCAAUCGCACGAACUCUCACCUACCCCGAGGUGGUUACAAAGUUCAACAUCAGCAAACUCACUGCCCUGGUUCGCAAUGGGCCCAACCAACAUCCUGGUGCCAAUUAUGUCAUCAAGGCCGAUGGCGUACGUCUCGAUCUGAAGCACAACAAGAAUCUUGAUGACCUGCGGUUACAAUAUGGCUGGAAAGUCGAACGCCACAUUGACGACGACGAUGUAAUCAUCUUUAAUCGGCAACCGUCACUUCACAAGGAAUCCAUGAUGGGUCACCGAGUCAAGGUGAUGCCUUACUCUACCUUUCGCCUCAAUCUCUCUGUCACAUCUCCCUAUAACGCCGAUUUCGACGGUGACGAGAUGAAUCUCCACGUUCCCCAGAGUGAUGAGACCCGUGCCGAAGUGCAGAAUUUGUGCAUGGUCCCCAAGCAGAUUGUGUCACCGCAAAAGAACCAGCCGCUUAUGGGUAUUGUGCAGGACACCCUUCUAGGAGUUUACAAGAUGAGCCGUCGUGACAACUUUCUGCCACUGGAACAAGUCAUGAACAUUCUCAUGUGGGUACCUGACUGGGACGGUAUUGUUCCCGAGCCUGCCAUCCUCAAGCCUCGGCCACUUUGGAGCGGCAAACAGAUUAUCAGCAUGACGAUUGCGAAAGAAGUCAACAUUGUGCGUGCAGAUGGUGAUUCCAAGCCAGAACCAUACAACGAUCUCAAUGACAAGAGCUUGUUGAUCAUGGGUGGUGAGUUGAUUUUGGGAGCUGUAACCAAGAAGAUUGUGGGUGCCACAGCUGGUGGUAUCAUUCACAUCAUCUUCAAUGAAAUCAGCUCUGAUGCUGCAGUGAAAUUCUUCAAUGCUUGCCAGCGCGUUGUAAACUGGUGGCUUUUGUACCACGGUUUCAGUUUCGGAGUUGGAGAUACCAUUCCCGACCCUGCCACGGCGGCCGCGAUUGCUGAGGCGAUUCAGAAGUCAAAGAAAGAUGUCGAGGAGGUUAUUGUCAAGGCCACCAAAAACGAGCUUGAGCCUCUACCUGGUAUGACCAUUCGUGGUACCUUCGAGUCCAAGGUGCAAAAGUUCCUCAAUGAGGGCCGUGAAGGGGGAGGAACCGCAGCACAAAACAGUCUCAAGGAUUUCAACAACGUCGUCCAGACCGUUGUUUCCGGAUCGAAAGGUUCCACAGUCAACAUCUCUCAAAUGGUUGCCCUUGUCGGUCAGCAGGCUGUCGAGGGUCAGCGUAUUCCUUACGGUUUCAAAUACAGGACUUUGCCACAUUUCACCAAAGACGAUUACUCACCGCAGUCUCGUGGCUUUGUUGAGAAUUCAUAUCUGCGCGGUUUGACACCAUCUGAAUUCUUCUUCCACGCUAUGGCUGGUCGUGAAGGUCUCAUUGACACCGCGGUCAAGACUGCCGAGACUGGAUAUAUUCAGCGUCGACUCGUCAAGGCAUUGGAAGAUGUCAUGGUCAAGUACGACGGCACCGUCCGUAAUUCCAUGGGAGACAUUGUUGAGUUCAUCUACGGAGAGGACGGUCUUGAUGGCGGUCAUAUCGAAGAGCAAAGCAUUGGAUCGAUCAAGUCUUCUUGGGCGAAGUUUGAGACGACAUACAAACUGGACCUCGUGUCGACCGACAAGCCUAUGAUCCCCGUUACGAAGUGGGAAGGGGCUACACAAUUUCAAGGCGACGUGGAUGCCCAACGAUAUCUCGACGAGGAGUUUGCGCAGAUCACCAAAGACCGUGAAUUUCUACGCACCAUGCUUGCUGCUGACGCAAGCGACAAAUUCCAAUUGCCGCUCAACAUUGAUCGCAUAAUCAAAUCCGCACAAGCAAGGUUCAAGAUCAAGACACGACAGUCGGUGAGCAAUUUGCAUCCCAUUGAGACGAUUGAGAAAGUGCGCAAACUUUUGGACAGUCUUGUUGUGAUCCGUGGCAAUGAUCCGCUCUCACGAGAGGCACAGGAUAGCGUAACCCAUCUUUUCAAGUGUCACCUGCGAUCGCGUCUUGCAUUUAAACUUCUGGUUCAGCAAGAGCGCAUGAGCAGAGAAGCAUUGGAUUAUGUUUUGGGUGAGCUGGAAGAUCGUUUCCUCAAAGCCGCCGUAGCUCCCGGUGAAAUGGUUGGUGUCCUUGCAGCGCAGUCGAUUGGUGAGCCUGCCACCCAGAUGACACUGAACACUUUCCACUUUGCCGGUGUUUCGUCAAAGAACGUCACCCUUGGUGUGCCGCGUCUAAAGGAGAUUCUCAAUAUCGCAGCCAACAUCAAGACUCCGUCCUUGAUCGUCAGGCAGGAAAACAAGAGUGCUACUUUGGAGGAUGCCAUGGCACUGCGCAGUGCUAUCGAACUCACAACCUUGCGUGCUCUUACUGCAUCUGUCGAAUUGUACUACGACCCAGAUGUCAAUGUCACCGUCGUCGAAGAAGAUCAGGACAUCGUCGAUGCAUUCAAUAUUAUGCCCGAAGAUGAUCUUGAAUCGCAGUCCAAGUGGCUUCUUCGUAUCAUUCUUGACCGUAAGAAGCUGCUGGACAGACUUCUGAACGUUACCGAUGUUGCCGCCAAGAUCAAGGAAGAAUUCUCGCCUAAUCUAGCUGUUACCUAUUCGGACAACAACGCGGAGGAAUUGGUAUUGCGUGUCCGCUUUAUAUGGGAUGCAAAUCUGAAGCAGGACGAAGAGGACAUCGAAGAGCGCGACGAACGCUGGAUGCGCAAGCUAGAGAAACAUCUUCUCGACGAUGUAGCUCUCCGAGGAGUCCGUGGCAUAGAGCGUGCCUUCAUCCGAGAGGAUGCUAGAACAGUCGAGACGGAAGACGGCGCCAUUCUCCAUUCCAAGAGUGACGAUCGUUGCAAAGAGUGGAUUCUCGACACUACCGGAACCGCUCUGGCCAAGGUUCUUCCUAUUGAAGGCGUUGACGCUACUAAGACGUACUCCAACUCCUUUAUCGAAGUCCUUGCCGUACUCGGAAUUGAAGCUGCUCGUGCUGGUCUUUUGAAAGAACUGGGUAUGGUGUUGUCGUUUGACGGAUCCUAUGUCAACCAUCGUCACAUGGCUCUGCUUGUCGACAUCAUGACUCAACGCGGUGUUCUCAUGGCAAUCACACGUCAUGGCAUCAAUCGCAACGAUACAGGAGCACUCAUGCGCUGUUCGUUCGAAGAGACCGUUGAGAUCUUGCUUGAAGCUGCAGGUCACGGUGAACUGGAUGACUGCCGUGGUAUCUCUGAGAACAUCAUGCUGGGUCAGCUGGCGCCCAUGGGCACGGGAGAAUUCGACAUCGUUAUGGACAAUGCUAUGCUGCUCACCAUGGUCGAGGACAACUCCAAGAUGAUGGGUGGUACCGCCGCUGGUGGUAACUACCUCGACGGUGGUGCAGCGACUCCUUACGACUUGGGCUCACCAACAUACGAAGGAGGCAUGGGUAUGGGAUCUUAUGAAGCUCAAUUCUCUCCUCUCGCUGCUGCUGGUGGUGCUGACGAUGGUGGUUUCACGGCGUACGGAGGCGGUUAUGGUGAUGGGGGCUUCAGUCCUUAUUCGGGAGGUCGCAGCCCGGGAUUCGCGACCAUGUCUCCUGGCUUUUCAGGCACCAGCCCCGUCUCACCAGGCUUCUCUCCGACAUCACCUGCUUACUCGCCUACUUCACCAGGCAUCAGCAGCCCGCAAUUCGCAGCCACGUCCCCUGGAUACAUGGCUUCACCUACAUCGCCACACUAUUCCCCCACUUCGCCACGCUACGGCUCUCCCACAUCUCCAUCGUACUCGCCCACGUCACCCGCUGGAUAUUCGCCUACUUCUCCACAGUACUCGCCAUCGUCACCGAACUACAGCCCUACAUCGCCUUCGUUCGGUGGAGCCACAUCGCCAGCAUACAGCCCGACAUCCCCGCAGUACAGCCCCACCUCGCCGCAGUACAGUCCGACGAGUCCGCAAUACCAAGCAAGCGGUGAUAGACGUUCCCCAACCUCUCCGACGUCACCCCAAUACAGCCCAACCAGCCCCCGUUACUCUCCAACUAGCCCGGCUGGACAGUUCUCACCCACGUCACCGAGAUACUCGCCGACCUCCCCGGGUCCGUCGAACUCAUACUCGCCUACCUCUCCCAAGCAGUAG